AUGGAUAAAAUGCGUAAUGCUACUCACGCUGGCUCAUGGUAUAUCGAUAAUCCCACUUCACUUGAGAAGCAACUUGGAGGCUUUACAUAUGCUUCUGAUCCUCCAAUUGAAGGAAAACGAUUCAUAAUAUCACCACAUGCAGGAUACAUGUACAGUGGUAGUACAGCGACUCAGGCGUUCCAAAGAAUUAAUUUUGAAAACAGAAAACGAGUUUUUAUCCUGGGACCUUCACACCAUGUAUUUACUCGAAAGUGUUUAGUGAGUCAAGCCGAAGCUUGCAUAACACCCUUUGGAAAUUUAACAGUAGAUCGAGAAGUAUGUCAGGAUAUUAUUGAGCAAAAUGACAACUGUUUCAAUGAAAUGAGCCUAACGGCCGAUGAAGAAGAACAUAGCAUCGAAAUGCAAUUUCCGCUACUAGCUUACCACCUUCAAAAACAAGGCUGCCUCGAUCGAGUAAAGAUUGUUCCCAUCAUGGUUGGUGCUUUGAGUUCAGAAGCUAUUCAAACAGCAGCAAACAUCCUUUGCAACUACAUUGUAGAUGAAAAAAACGUCUUUAUUGUUUCUUCUGAUUUCUGUCACUGGGGACGUAGGUUUGGUUACACUAUGUACUUGAACGAAACGAAUGAUUUGGAAGAUGCGAUUAUCAGCUUUCGAAGAAGAGGUUCAAUUGAAAAUCCAAAAAUUUAUGAAUCUAUUUCCGCUCUUGACCACAUGGGUAUGAAAAUUAUAUCAACGAAAUCAAGCCGAGAGUUUGGCAAGUAUAUUCGAUUGACCCACAAUACGAUAUGCGGACGUUAUCCUAUUCAGUUAAUUUUAAAGUCCAUGGAGCUAGCUCAAGUGUCCAAUCAAUUUGAGUUUAUUGCUUAUGCUCAAAGUAAUCGUGCUAGAAAUGUGUCCGACAGCAGUGUGAGUUAUGCUGCUGCAAUUGCAUAG